UAUACAAGUUUAUCCAAAGCGCGAAACUUGUCAUGGAAGCAGCAGCGCUUGCUGGAGUAGCUGUCUUUCUAUUACUUAGUUACUUCAUCAAAUGGGCUACAGCAGGUUCUGCUCGCAAGAAGCCACCGGAAGCAGCCGGUGGCUGGCCUUUAAUCGGCCACCUUCGCCUCUUUGGUCGCUCCGCCGGUCAGCCUCUAUACGAAACGCUAGGAGGCUUAGCAGACAAGUAUGGCCCAAUAUUCAGCAUCCGAAUCGGUGUGCAUCAGGCGGUAGUGGUGAGCUCUUGGGAGUUAGCGAAGGAGUGUUUUACCACUCUGGACGUUGUUGUCUCAUCUCGUCCCAAAUUCAGCGCCGCCAAAAUCUUGACAUACGACUAUGCUAGUUUUGCGUUUUCCCCUUACGGAGAAUUCUGGCGCGACAUGCAUAAGAUUACGGUUUCGGAGCUAUUUUCUACCCGACGUGCUGAACAGCUUCGAGGAAUUAGAUAUUCGGAGGUGCAGAGUUCGUUGAAAGAACUAUACGGAACGUGGGUGGAGAAAAAGGGUGAUUUGUUGGUGGAGAUGAAGGAGUGGUUCGGGAACAUGAAUCUGAACGUGAUUCUGAGGACGGUUGCGGGAAAGCGAUACUGUGUGGGGAAUGGAGAUGAGGAACGGAUGAGGGUUCGGAUGGUACUGAGAGAAUUCUUUAAUUUGAUGGGGGUGGUUGUGAUUGGGGAUGCGAUUCCAUUUCUUGGUUGGCUUGAUUUGGGAGGUGAAGUGAAGGAGAUGAGGAAAACGGCUGUAGAAAUGGAUAGCUUCUUUUCUGAAUGGUUAGAAGAACAUCGCCAACGAAGAGACUCAGAUGGGAAGAAAAGAGAGGAAGACUUCAUUGAUGUGUUGCUGUCUGCUCUUGACGGGGUCUACCUUGCUGGUCACGAUGCCGACACUGUCAUUAAAGCCACAUGUCUGACAUUAAUAGCUGCAGCAACGGAUACUACAACAGUUACUAUGACUUGGGCAUUAUCGGUAUUGUUGAAUAAUCGCGAUGCCUUGAAGAAAGUUCAAGAUGAAUUGGAUGAGCAUGUGGGGAUGGAAAAAGCGGUGAAUGAAUCUGACAUAAACAAAUUAGUUUACCUUCAAGCUGUCGUUAAAGAGUCAAUGAGAUUGUAUGCAGCUGCACCACUACCUGGUCCGCGUGAAUUCACAAGCGAUUGUACUUUAGGUGGCUACCAUAUCCAAGCAGGUACGAGAUUGAUUUUGAACAUUUGGAAGAUGCAGAGAGAUCCACGUGUAUGGGAAAAUCCAUUGGAGUUUGAGCCAGAAAGGUUCCUCACAAGCCACAAGGGUGUGGAUGUGAAGGGUCAACAUUUUGAGCUACUUCCCUUUGGUGGCGGAAGAAGGUCGUGCCCUGGCAUGUCAUUUGCCCUUCAAAUGACACACUUAGCUUUAGCAGCUUUUUUGCAAGCAUUUAAGGUCACAACACUGAACAAUGAACCAGUUGACAUGAGUCCCGUAUUUGGACUCACAUUCAUCAAAGCCACCCCGCUUCAGGUUUUAAUCCAACCUCGUUUACCACAUCAACGUCUCCUUAAUAAUGUAUACUAAUUACGUCAUUCUCCUUAGCAGCACCUUCAAUUGGUACCUAUAUGUAUAUAUAUGUAGAAUGAUCAGACUUGUCUCUGUAC